GACAUAUCAUACACUCGCCCCUCAGUGCUCGCUUUACACAACCCAGAUAGAGAGGCUGCGGGCCGAAGCACCCAGAUAUCAGUGCCAUGUAUAUAGCGAGCACGCUGUAGACGCCUGUAUAUGUGUGUACACGCAGGGUAACAGUAAAUCGCAUUUCAUAGCGUUAAUAAUAUCAGCUUGAAAGCUGUAGUAUCAUCGGGUCUCUGCGGUGACACCUUCAUGACACUAUCUGCCCCGGCUGCACCUCCAGAGCAACGAUAAGGGGUACAUUUAGAGCCAUUUCAUCUCGUAUCGGUGACAUAUACAGGCAGAGCCGCGUCUCCUCCACACGUUCUGGUUACUAGGCGUGCUGUGUAUGGGCCUGGGGUUGUGCAGUAGUUGUCUUGGCGGUUGCUUGUUGCGGGGUCUCGCAUGAGUUCCCCAAACCGGAGCCGGAGGCAGCAGGAGAGAGAGGGAGCUCCGGAGCCCGAGGAGAGGAAGACCCACACCCCCUGCAGCAGCCCGGAACACAGCCCCGGGGGAGACAGAUCACCAGGAGAUCCUCAUUCAGAAAACCUAGAAAAUAGCCGAAUGAAGCGAGCAGCUGCAAAGCAUCUAAUAGAACGCUACUACCACCAGUUAACUGAGGGUUGUGGAAAUGAUACCUGCACGAAUGAGUUUUGUGCUUCCUGUCCUACUUUUCUUCGUAUGGAUAACAAUGCAGCAGCCAUUAAGGCCCUCGACUUAUAUAAGGUUAAUGCAAAACUCUGUGAUCCUCAUCCCUCCAAGAAAGGAACAAGUGCAUCAUAUCUAGAGAACAACUCAAAAAGUGCUCAUAACAACUCGUGUACGGAAAGAAAGAUGAACAAGAAAGAAAUACAUGGACCCAGGGAUGACUUCAAAGAUGUGACGUUCCUGUCGGAAGAAAAGGUGUAUGAAAUUCUUGAAUUAUGUAGAGAAAGAGAGGAUUACUCGCCUCUCAUUCGAGUGAUUGGGAGAGUUUUUUCCAGUGCGGAAGCAUUGGUUCAGAGCUUCCGAAAAGCUAAACAGCAUACGAAGGAAGAGUUGAAAUCCUUACAAGAAAAGGAUGAAGACAAGGAUGAGGACGAGAAAGAGAAAGCUGCUUCCUCUGGUGCUGCUAUGGAAGAUGACUCUGGAGCAUCAUCUUCUAGGUUAAGUGAUAAUUCACAAGGAGAUAACAACAUACAAAAGCUGGGCCCAGAAGAGGUCACCCUAGAUAUUGAAGCAGUAAGACGGGUCUACCACAGGUUACUUUCUAAUGAGAAAAUAGAGUCUGCUUUUCUCAAUGCACUUGUCUACCUGUCCCCCAACGUGGAAUGUGACUUGACUUAUCAUAAUGUUUAUUCAAGGGAUCCCAACUAUCUCAACUUGUUCAUUAUAGUCAUGGAGAAUUGUAAUCUCCAUAGCCCUGAGUACCUCGAAAUGGCUCUACCAUUGUUCUGCAAAGCUAUGAGUAAAUUGCCUCUGGCAGCACAGGCCAAGUUGAUCCGACUCUGGGCGAAGUAUAGUGCUGAGCAGAUUCGCCGAAUGAUGGAAACAUUUCAGCAGCUGAUAACUUACAAAGUUAUAAGUAAUGAGUUCAACAGUCGCAAUUUAGUUAAUGAUGAUGACGCUAUUGUUGCGGCGUCAAAAUGCUUAAAAAUGGUUUACUAUGCAAAUGUAGUUGGAGGAGAGAUUGAAACGGACUACAAUGAAGAUGAAGACGAGGAGCCUAUCCCAGAAUCCAGUGAAUUAACUCUUCAGGAGCUGCUAGGAGAAGAACGAAGGAAUAAGAAAGGUCCCCGAGUAGACCCCAUUGAAACAGAACUUGGUGUCAAAACUAUUGAUUGCAGGAAACCGCUCAUCCCUUUUGAAGAAUUUGUUAAUGAACCACUAAAUGAUGUUCUUGAAAUGGACAAAGACUAUACUUUCUUUAAAGUAGAAACUGAAAAUAAAUUCUCUUUUAUGACCUGCCCUUUUAUCCUGAAUGCAGUAACAAAGAACCUGGGUCUUUAUUACGACAACAGGAUCCGCAUGUACAGCGAGAGAAGAAUCACGGUUCUUUACAGCCUAGUGCAAGGACAGCAACUAAACCCUUACUUGAGGCUCAAGGUCCGAAGAGAUCACAUCAUAGACGAUGCUCUUGUUAGGCUAGAGAUGAUUGCCAUGGAAAACCCUGCAGAUCUGAAGAAACAACUAUACGUUGAAUUUGAGGGAGAGCAAGGGGUUGACGAAGGAGGUGUUUCUAAAGAGUUUUUCCAACUGGUUGUAGAAGAAAUUUUUAACCCUGAUAUUGGUAUGUUUACCUACGAUGAAUCUACAAAACUUUUUUGGUUCAACCCAUCAUCUUUUGAGACAGAAGGACAGUUCACACUGAUUGGAAUUGUACUGGGCCUGGCCAUUUACAACAACUGCAUUCUAGACGUGCAUUUUCCCAUGGUGGUCUAUAGAAAGUUGAUGGGGAAGAAAGGGACGUUUCGUGACCUUGCAGAUUCUCAUCCUGUUCUGUUUCAGAGUUUAAAAGAACUUUCGGAAUACGAAGGCAGUGUUGAAGAUGAUAUGAUGAUCACGUUCCAGAUCUCUCACACAGAUCUUUUCGGGAAUCCUUUAGUUUAUGACCUUAAGGAGAAUGGUGAUAAAAUCCCCAUUACAAAUGAGAACAGGAAGGAAUUUAUCAACCUCUAUACAGACUACAUUUUAAAUAAAUCUGUGGAUAAACAGUUCAAAGCUUUCAGAAGGGGAUUUCACAUGGUUACCAAUGAAUCGCCACUGAAGUAUCUCUUUAGACCAGAGGAAAUUGAACUGCUCAUCUGUGGAAGCAGGAACUUAGACUUUCAAGCUCUAAAAGAAACAACCGAAUAUGAUGGUGGCUACACCCGGGACUCUAAUAUUAUCAGGGACUUCUGGGACAUUGUGAAUUCUUUUACAGAUGAACAAAAAAGGUUGUUUUUGCAGUUUACAACAGGCACAGACAGGGCACCUGUUGGAGGGUUAGGUAAACUAAAGAUGAUUAUAGCCAAAAAUGGCCCUGACACAGACAGGUUACCAACAUCUCAUACAUGCUUUAAUGUCCUUCUGCUUCCGGAGUACUCAAGCAAAGAAAAACUGAAAGAGAGAUUGUUAAAAGCUAUCACGUACGCCAAAGGAUUUGGCAUGCUGUAAAAAAAAUUAAAAUUAAAAAAAAAAAAGCUCAAAAAAGGAUCGCAAUAGUUGAAGUUGACGUCCCUGUUUAAAAAGGCCGUAAGAUAGUGGGCUUCACCUGUGUGUGCCUCCCUUCUUGUUUGGGGACAGUGGGCUGGAACAGCAGAUUUCAGCUGUUUAUAUGAACAAAGUUUUGUUUUUGUUUUGUUUUUUUCUCUCCUAUUUUUGUCUUUUUUUUUUUUUAAUUUUCCAUGAGUAUGUUGUACAAUCUUUCACAUGUGUACAGAAACAUUUUCCUGAAUAUUUAUUUUAAGGGUUAAAUCACUUUGGCUUCUGUUAAAUACUUCUUGACAUUGAGCCUGUUUGAAUACUCUCCCAUGAAACAUUUGCCAUCCUUUAAGCAAAAAACAAAACCCAACAUCAAACUGUAUGCCAUUUAUUUAUGUAUCUUUCCCCAUACAAUUAAUCAGACACUGUACUCAAUAUUUUCUGUUUUUUGUUUUUUUUUAAACUGUGUUUGCUUAUAAAACUUGAAUUCAUGGAAAACUGUGUGAAUGCGAUGACUGCUGUUCUAGCCCCAAAGAGUUUCUGUGAGAAGACAAUAAUGUAGUCAAUAAAGACAGAAGGGAAGUACUUGGAAUGUGUAACCUGCAGCCUUGCAAACUUUUUACUUCAAUCACAGCACAAGAAAAGAAAAUUAAAGCGAAAAAUAUCAUUUCA